AUGUCAGAUCCUACCGUGUUGCAAACCAGCCCAGGCACUGGUGGAACCGUGGACGCACUCGGACUGGUUUUCCAUGUCGAUAUUUUCAUACUUGCAGUGGGCGCGGUGUUCGCCCUAGCGACGCUUCCCCAGGCUUUCGCGCGUCUUUCUCGUGGUGCAGAAUGGCGGCAUGGUCACAUACUCCGUUCGAUCCGCCUCGAUUAUCGCCGGCCUCGACGGCGACCGCCCCCUCGAUCAUCACCCAUUCCAGUGCCUCCGCAGGAACUUUAUGCCACAUCUUCUACUGGCCACGGUGGUGUCACUUCUGAAGAGUCGCAUACAUACGUCUCGCAUACCAACCUUAUCCGAAGACCUUCUACUGGAAAGUCCGCGGCGAAGCUUCUCCCUCCACACGUGCGCGCUUGGUCGGCCGUUCUCCCACAGGUGGGGAAUCUACUGAGAUACAGAUUAGAUUCUGGGUUCUCGGUGGGACAGGCACUGGUUCUCGGGCUUUACUCUGCCAUACUCAUAUACCCAGUGUUCUUGAAGUCAAACCCGUUUACAGAUCCUUUGCGGACUGGAAUUGUGGCCAUGUCACAAAUCCCGCUUGUGUACAUGCUUGGAACAAAGAACAAUCUUCUGGGGGUGUUUCUUGCCAUCGGUUACGAAAAGGCAAGGAACCUUCUCAAUUACAUCCAUCGGUACGCAGGUAUGGUGCUAAUAUUGUUGUCCAAUGUGCACGCCAUCGGUUAUAUCUAUGAGUGGGUUUUCCAGGGCAAACUUUCAGUGUACUUAAAUGAGCCUUCGAAUAAAUGGGCUCUGGUAGCCCUUGUCGCGAUAGACACCCUCUAUUUACUCUCAACUUCGUUCUGGAGGCGCAAAGCAUACAAUCUGUUCUUCGGUAGUCAUAUCAUUUGCUUCAUCAUAUUCCUUCCAGCGGUGUAUGCCCAUCAACCUGUGGUAUUGCACUAUGUACUUGCAGCAGCAGCAGCGUACGGCCUAGACCACAUCCUCCGACUCCUUAAGACCCGCCUCUUUUACGGGAGGAUACGCCCCAUACCUGACCUCUCAAUGACGCGAAUCGAGAUUCCGGAGUUGAACGCUGGCUGGCGGCCGGGACAGCACGUCCGGAUACGUGUUUUAUCUAGUGCAAUGGGUUGGAUUGGCUGGGCCGAAGUGCACCCAUUUACGAUCGCAACUGUGGCAAAGACCCCUGAGGGACUGGUGCUAAUGUGUAAAAAUGCCGGUGGAUGGACGAGGAAGUUGUACGAGAUGGCGAAACUGGCCGGGUAUGGUUCCGAGGAUGGAGGAAUGUCAAGAUCGGUGCUGAUGAUGGUAGAAGGGCCAUAUGGAGGACCUGGGCAUUCGGUUUUCGCAAGCUAUUCUGCAGCAGUGCUCGUUGUCGGGGGUAGCGGCAUUACUUUUGCUCUCUCUGCCCUUCAGGACCUCGUACGGGUAGAUCUGGAGGGCGCAAGUAGAGUUAAGGUCAUAGAACUCGUAUGGAGUAUUCAAGACCCCUCGUCUUUGACACCCCUCUUACCUCAAUUCACUGCUCUCCUGCAACAGAGCAUCUACACACCAUUACACAUUUCUGUGCACUACACUCGCGCAGCCGAUACUUUGCCGUCGAAAGCGAGUCUCCCACCAGGAAUCACCUUGACAGCGGGCCGUCCUCGAAUUGGCAAGAUACUAGAUGCAGUCAUCCAGCGCACGAUGACGUACGGGUCUGGUGUGAAGGCAGCGAUGGACAUCACUGGCGUGAUCGUAGGUGUAUGUGGCCCCGUUGGACUAGGCGACGAGGUUGCGCAGGUCGUUUCGUCUGUCGAUGCUAGUCGACGAUGGGCGGUCGGUGGGAUUGAGAUGCAUGAAGAGUAA